AUGGCCAGCCAAGGCGAGGAUGAUCUCCAGGCCUCCACCACCGAAGGAUUCAAAGUCGGAGAGAAAAAGACCGUCGAAGAAUAUGCAAAGCUCGACCAAAAUGACGAAUCCCUCAACCGCUGGAAAGCCUCCCUCGGCAUCUCCUCAUCCCCAGCCAUCCACGUCGACCCCAAAGACCAGCGUCGCUGCGUCAUCAAAUCCCUCGCCCUCGAAGUCGAAGGCCGCUCCGACAUCACCAUCGAUCUGACCGCCCCAGGUUCCGUCGAAGCGCUCAAAUCGAAACCUUUCACCAUCAAGGAAGGAGCCAAGUUCCGCAUGAAGGCAAACUUCGUCGUGCAGCAUGAUGUGCUGAGCGGAUUGAAGUAUUUGCAGGUUACGAAGAGGAAAGGGAUUAGGGUUGCGAAGAAUGAGGAGAUGAUUGGCUCAUUCGCGCCGAAUACGCAGGAAAAGCCUGUAUAUGAGAAAAAGUUUGAGCCAGAUGAGGCGCCGACAGGCAUGCUGGCCAGAGGCCAUUACGAGGCUGCGUCGAAGUUCGCAGACGACGAUGGUCAUGAAUACUUGAAGUUUGAAUGGUCAUUCGACAUCACGAAGGAAUGGAAAUGA